UUGAAGCAGCCCCUUCAGCUAGCUAGCUAUCUCACUGCAUGCCGCGCCGCAGUACCUUCACCUUCAGCUGAUCAGAUAAAGACUACACGACUGUGGCUGUUGCAUUGGUUUUUUUUCUCCCAUGGACAAUGAAAUUGAGCUGGCUAGAUUGGCUAAAGAGGCGUUCGAUAGCCACCGGUAUGAAAGUUGCCUGUCCUCUCUAAACAAGCUACAGGAGCACCGCAGAAGUGAUGGGCGUGUAGCUCACAAUAGAGCAGUUGCACAGUACCUUUUGUCCAACCUAACUCUAACAGAUGGCUUUAAAAAGUCUCUGCUGUCAGUCAAUGCACAGUUUGACCGUGAUAGCGAGAACAGUGGUGUGGAAGCUACCAUUGCUGACAAGGCAGUGCUCUACUUCAACCAGGCGCUGAUCCACAUGAGGCUGCAUCAGUACAAGCAUGCCACAUUCCUCUUAGAGCAGCUUUUCCAGGUUCACAAUACCUUGCACACGGACUCCUUGGCAGUGGAAGUAAGUCUACUGCUCAUCGAGGUAUGUCUCCGUACCAACCAAUUGGAGAUGGCUAGCAAGUACAUCGAAUUCCUUGAGAGCCAUUACUUCAAGAGUAGCAAUGGGGGACGAGGGGAGGAGCUAUCUGGAGAUGGUGGAGUAGAGAGUUAUCGCUCCAAGAUGUACCUGUUCAAGGCAUGUCUCAGCGUGCUUACCGGAAACAUCAAGACUUGUAAAAAAGAGCUGAAGAGUUUGACAAGUAUUUCUGGGAAUAGCUCUGCUGCUCAGUUUCUGAAGGCUAACAUUGAGUUUCUGAGGGGAAAUUUCCAGAAAUCAUUAAAGGUUCUCGGCUCCACACAAAAGUCUCCCAUGGUUACAGAGUCUGGAGAGUGUCUCACAGCAUUCAGCUUGAACAACAUUGGCUGUAUCCACUAUCAGUUGGGUAAAUACAGCCUGGCGGCACACUACCUCAGGAAGGCCAUAGAGGAGAAUGAUGCUGCUCUCAAUGGAUUCCCUCCUCUGGAUAAAGCCACCCCUCUCUCUGGUCGUCCCCUUGCUGUGUUGGGGGUUAACUGUCGACACAUUCUGCUGUACAACUUGGGCAUCCAGCAACUGUUUAGUGGCGCCCCCAUGGCUGCCUUUGACUCUCUCCUGGAGGUGGUACAGGUGUACCAUGCAAAUCCACGGCUCUGGCUUCGACUGGCUGAGGCCUCUGUGUCUGCACACACAAAAGUGUCCCAUGAUUUAGCCGCAGGUCAGGUGAUGAAAAGUGGUUCUGUGCAGCUGGUGGUAGGCUCUGGCAUCAAUCGCAAAUUGGUAGUUUCUCCUCUGCAGCAGACUAACAAGAAAGGAAGCUCUGACACCCACUCCCAGUCUGCUGCGAUGCCAGCUCCUACUUUGGAGUUUGCUGCCAUUUGUCUCCGAAAUGCCCUUUUCCUAGUCUCCCCAGAAAUCAUUCCCUCAUGCUCAACUUUGCCAGGACCAACCCUACAUGAGAAUUCUGUACUUGGACUGAGGUGUAGCAUUCUCUCCUAUCUGUCAUAUGUGUCUCUUGGUCUGGGGGACCCCCUCUCAGCGUUAUCCUAUGCCACUCAGCUGCUUGCUUCUCCGACGCAGCCCAAAUGCCUAGAGUUUUUAGGCCACAUUUAUUCAGCGGAGGCUCUUGUUCUAUUGGACAGGAUCCCUGAGGCUUUGCAUCAUCUCAAUCCCGAAAAUAAUUUGUCUGACAACACUUUUACAAUCACAUCUUCUGGCCAUUUUUCAGAUACUGGAGAGGGGUAUUUGGCAAACCCAAGGCCGUCGUGCUCUGUUGAGGGAUUAGAAGGUGCUUUUCCCUCAAGCACCUCUAAUGCCAAGGCUAUGAUGCUACAUAACAUGGCCACUGUGUUCUGUCUCAGAAGGGAGAACGACAAAGCCAGGAGUGCUGUGCAGCAGGCCAUCAAAUUGUGCAAGAAGGUGCCCACUAAGAUGAUCCUUUUGUCUGGAUACAUUGAAAUGUCUUCUGGUAAUACAAGUUUAGCCCUGGACAUUCUCAAGAAAUGCUCCCCGAAUCCUAGACCUACAUCCAGCAAGAAAUCCAAAUAUUUGAUGUCAAAAUUAUUAGGGUGACUGUACAUGUAUGUAUUAUGUAGUGACUCUUAUUCUAAACAGCGUAUAACUGACACUAUCAUUUACUACUACUGAUUCUGAAGAAUAUAUCCUGGUGUGA